UUAGUUAACCCUCUUUCUUCAAAGUACCUGACGACAAAACAAAAACCGUAUCUUCUCCGAUAAUAAUUUCUUAGCAAUUCAUCCCUCUUCCUCUUCCUCCCCAAUCCCGCUGUCCUUGCAAACUCCCUUGCUCCUUUUCUCUUCCUUUAACUUUCGAUUUCUCUCACAUGAAAUCCACGAGCUGUUUAUAAAUAGUGUCUGCUACUGGGCUGCUGUUGAAAGCGGAUAUUGGAAUUCCCCAAUUCUCAGAUUAAUUAUUUAGCGAAAUCUUGAGUUCAGUCUUCCUUUAUUAGCCCAGAAACUUAUCUCUCAUUUGUUUCUUCACUUCUUGCGAGACCAUGAAAGUUCAUCCCGUGCCGAGGAAGCGGAACAUGACUCUGCGAUACGACAUCGCGUCGUCCCUCUCUCAAGCUAACGCUUUAGCUUGCAGGCAGAAGAAGCUUCGGAGGCUGCCUCACAUCUUUGCCAAGGUUCUUGAGCUGCCGUUUCACUCCGACGCCGAUGUUUCUAUUGAGGAGACCGCCGAUUACUUCAAGUUCGUAGUUCCUACGGAUGAUGUCGGCGAUGAUGUCAGGGCCCAUACCCUCGAGAUCUAUCCCGGAGUUACUAAGAUUCUGAUUCGCGAAAACGACUUCGUUGGUAGUGGGUUGUUUCUGGAUGAGUUAGAGCUUGACUUCUGGAGGUUCCGGCUCCCCGCCGCAACUCGGCCGGAGAUGGCUACCGCGGCUUAUGUAGACGGUGAGCUGGUGGUCACGGUGCCAAAAGGAAGCGGCGACGAGGAUGUUGGUGAAGCCGAAACCGGUGCUAUUGGAGGACCAGGACAGCUUGUUCUUGUACAGUAAUUUAUUUAAACCCCCCCCCCCCCCGACCCCACCAAAAAAAAGGUUGGCUAUUUUUUUUUUUUUUUUUUUGUAUGUUAUGCUUAUCUCAGGAUCCUUUGAUCCUUAAAAUGAAAGUCUGCUACUUCCAUAAGGUUACGCUAUGUUGCAUAUUAUUCAGUUAAGUUUUUGGU